CAUCAGACGGUUCAACUUCAGGUUGCCCGGAUACGAAUUCCUGAGACCGAAUUCAUCGCCGUAACGGCUUACCAGAACAGCACGAUCACACAGCUGAAAAUUGAGCACAACCCGUUCGCAAAGGGUUUCCGUGAUGGUGGUGAACGGAAACGAUCUACACCAGAGGAUUGUUCGGCAGCACCAUCUCCCAAACGUGUCUACUCACCGCAGCAACAUCCUUAUGCUGCACUGUUCGACAAACCAAUGCCGGUCGUGGCAGCUCCUUCAGCCCAGCUGGCCAUGCCGCCAAUGUGGCCAGCGUUCUAUCCAUCCUAUUGGAAUCCCUAUUCUUAUAUGCUGAAUCCGUUGUUAGCCAGAUUUGGUGCAGCACCAAAGUAA